AUGGAGUACUUUCCCAACAACUUUGCUGCCGUUUACCAUUACGCCCCCUACAACCACGGCCAAUAUCCCAUGAACCACGCCAUACCAUACCAUCGUAACGCUGAACCAUGGCAGCCGGAAGCCUUGAUCCACCAUGAUCACCAUGGUGGGAGGACUACCGAGUCCAAGCCAAGACUGGCCAAGGAGGAGGUCGACAAGCUCGAGCGCGAGUUUCAGCGAAACAACAAACCGAACAGCAAUUUGAAGAAACAGCUCGCGGAGGAGAUGAGAGUAGACGUUGCGAGAAUUAACAAUUGGUUCCAGAAUAGAAGAGCCAAGGCCAAACAGGAGCGCCGUACGCAGGAGAACGAGGUUAGGCGGAAAUCCGAACAAGCGUCGGACAAAUCGGACGACGACGCGGUCCAGGAGUACUACCCCGACGGUGACCACCACGAUGAUCUGCGCCCUUCUGCCGCACCCUUUCCCCCGCUAAGCGCGCCGAGCUCUUCGGGAAAUUUGGACUCCUCGAACAGGCCGGCGAAGACGGAUCAGAACCCCUCCGAGGACGCCGAACUGGAGCAGGAGUCGUGCAACUCGGACGCCUUCCAAUCCCUCAACCCAUCGUUCCAGGACUAUUGCUCGACCGAUAGCAUGUCCUACACCCCCGACUCAUGCGACUUUUCCUCCAUGGCCUCAUCCCGCUUCGACCAGCACCAUCACGGGACCGUCGGGAUUUCCUUACCGGAACGAUUCCCCUCUGUCGCCCGGGCCCCCUCGAACACGGCCCUUUAUGGGUCGUUUUCCGGCUUCGGAGGCGCCGCACAGCUGGGCGAUGACUUCGCGUCGCUAACCGCACACUCCGCCUCGAGCAUUACCUCGGCCGAUGUGGACGGUGGUCUGGUGACUGACCAGGUCGGUGUGGAAGGCGGCAUCGACCUGGACCAGCUCUCGCCAGACUCGGCCCAUUCUCCCAUGUCCACGGGGCCCGGCGCUCAGUUCAAGUCGCCUGCCAUUGACAUUGCAAGCCGCCGCAAUACCAAGCGCCCCGCCCAGCUCGGUCUCGGAUGUAUGCGGAGCAGCUCGUACAACCUAUCGGGCAUAAAGACCAACGCCGACAUGUCAAGGCGCAUGGAAAUCCCUAGCCCCAUGCGCCGUGUGGCAUCAGCCACGGGCGGCCUGCCCAGGGGGAUUCAGAAGCCCGUCAGCGCAGCGCCGAGAUCGCCCAUGUUCUUUGAUCGAAACCAAGAGACUAUGCUGCUGCAGAUGGCGUCGAGGACCCCGGCAGCGUCGACACCGCAUAGCUCGGCCGCCCCGCCGACUCCCAACACGCCCAUUCUCGGCACCCAUCAUGAGAUGGUGGAGCCCGAGGCUUCCACGACGUCGCCGUCCUCGGGGCAGGAUAAGUCUUGCCUCUUCCAGGCCGACAUGAUGGGCAACCCGUUUCAGCUGGAUCCGACCAUGAGAACGCCCCCUGACACCCCCGGGUUGGCGCACCAUUUCCCCGGGGCGGUCUUCCCAAGCCAGCCGCCUCUGGCAGGCUACGGCUACAAUGUUACGGAUGAGCCUCUUGUCACCCCGGUUUUGGGGAGGUUCGAUGCCGAGUACCCAACCCUGUCCACGGGGCUAGCGGCCUAUGUGAUGCAAAACUCCGGCAGCCAGCCUUCGACGCCAUCCUUUGGCCCCUCUUCGGCGAUGGGGCCGGCUUUUUACCUGCCGUAUGCGGGAGGCAACACUGAGUAUAACUGGUCCGAUACUUCGGACCACUCACCCCCGGGACACUCAAGAACGAAGCAAUUUCAGUUUACGAACAUGACGCCACAGGACUUUCACGGGGAAAGGUGCUAG